AUGUCAGAUUUGACUAAAGAGAAACUGUUUCUUGCAAUGAAGAAAAGGGGGAGCAUGUGUUCCCCAAAUAACCGCGAGUUCCGACAGAAGGAAGGUUGCUGGCGCAUCAAACAUUCUGUCAGUACCGUGUCCCACUCGGAUGAGCCCAGCCAACGAGAUGAAUCCUCUCGCCUUACCGUCCGGAUGGAAAACACCUACCAGUUAGGUCCCACAAAACCUUUCCCCGUGGCCACUGUCAAUCGUAUUUUGGAAGAUGUACUAACUACCUACCUCCAAGAAGCAAAAUAUGACCCGGAGUUCUGCAGACAAAUGACUAAAACAAUUUCUGAGGUUAUUAAGACCCAGGUCAAGGAAUUAGCAAUUCCGAGGUAUAAACUAAUCGUGAUGGUUUACAUUGGACAACGUGAUGAUCAGAGCAUACUUAUUGGCAGCAGAUGCCUCUGGAAUCCUAAAAGUGAUACCGUCUCAUCCUAUACUUUCAAAAAUUCUACUCUCUUUGCACUUGCAAAUGUCUACGCAGUUUACUUUGAGUGA